UGUGUGUGCGUGUGUGUGUGAGUGUGUGAGUGAGUGAGAGAGCGAGUGAGUGAGUGAGUGAGUGAGUGUGUGGGGGGACUUGCUUGUUGUCGGUGACUUCCCCCUCCCCUCCACCCUUCCCCCUUCCCCGCCGCUGCUGCAGUGGCCGCUCCCUGGGCCGUAGGAAAUGAGCGAUAACGAUGACAUCGAGGUGGAGAGCGACGAAGAGCAACCGAGGUUUCAAUCUGCGGCUGACAAACGGGCUCAUCAUAAUGCACUGGAACGAAAGCGUAGGGACCACAUCAAAGACAGCUUUCACAGUUUGCGGGACUCGGUCCCAUCACUCCAAGGAGAGAAGCAACAGGCAUCCCGGGCCCAAAUCCUAGACAAAGCCACAGAGUAUAUCCAGUAUAUGCGAAGGAAAAACCACACACACCAGCAAGACAUUGAUGACCUCAAGCGGCAGAAUGCUCUUCUGGAGCAGCAAGGUGCUCUGCCUGUAGUAGCAGGCACACCUGGCAGCAGGUGUCUGAAAAGAGCUGAGGUCCUUGGAUUGGAGUGUGCUGUGGGAAAGCGAGAGCUGAUCAAGUUCUUUGUUCCUGGGGAAUUCACUUCUCUUCCUCCCUCAUGGAAGAUGCAAGUAAAAAGAAAUUCCGUGCACUGGAGAAAGCGAGGUCGAGUGCCCAACUGCAGACCAACUACCCCUCCUCAGACAACAGCCUCUACACCAACGCCAAGGGCAGCGCCAUCUCUGCCUUCGAUGGGGGCUCGGACUCCAGCUCAGAGUCGGAUACCGAAGAGCCCCAAAACAGGAAGAAACUCCGGAUGGAGGCCAGCUAAGCUCUGCCGGGCAGGCCAGCAAUAAAAACUGUCUGUCUCCUCCGUCGUCUCAUCCUCCUUUCAGUUCAUCCUUAGAACCCUCAGAACCAUUUAAGAGACUCUUUUUUUCUUUUCUCUCUCUUUUUUUUAAAUUUUAUUUUUACAUAGAAGCUCUUGGACAACAGCUCUCGUUCUCCUUCCCCAUUUCCACUUUUUUUUUUUUUUUUUUUUUUUUUUUUUAAUGUUUCCCUUCAGGGAUUCCCUGUCCCCACCAGGAAUUUUUAAACCAAAACACCCCAACUUGGCAGCUUUUUCUGUGGAGGACAGACGGCCGGCCGGACCUCUGAGCACAUGGUGUCCUGACCACCCACCAGCUCCUCCAGCCCUGCCGGGCACAGGCCCGGAGGACUCCUGCCCCUCCCCGGGCCACCCUCGCCUCUGUUUGAUAGACUUUGUGAAUCUGUGGACUGCUCUGCUUUGAGAAGAUGACUGGUUUAAGAAGUGAUGAGAAUUAAAAAGCUAUUUAUCGCUCCUGUUGAAAGACCAGAUCCUUGAAGAAGUUUGUGGUAUGAACGGAAGUGGGGACAGAGUUGCAGCACAGUCUUGGGCCUGUUUCACUCCUGCUUCUCUCAGCCAGCCUUCGGAGGGCCGUGGGACACUCGUGGUGUGGGGGACGUCAGCCGUGAAGUGGCCGCCAGAGGGUGCUGGGGGCGGGAGGGCGAGGAGGGAGGAGCGGGUGGGGUAGAGGUUUUGUACUGAGGGCCAGUGAUGAUGUUUUGAUAUUUAUUUCCUGCUACUGAAAUUUGAAUCUGAGUGAAUUGUCCCUAUUUCUGAUGAUGUCGGUAUUGCAAAGCGACAGAUUCAUAAAGUAAUGAUCAAAUCUUCCUUUCCGUGUGUAUUUCUAAGAAAUAGAGCCAACUGAUUUUGUAUGUAAAUACCAAGAGCAAUUUAUCUGGUACUAAACCCGCACCCUAGUGCGGCCCCUUCCCACCCUCACCCCACAUCCUCUCUGACUGUUCUGGAACCUGUCCCCACGGUGACCCAGCCCUGGUUCUGGCUGCGGUCAGCAGCUCCCAAUGAAGGGUUGUGUGUGUUUAGGCCUCAUUUCUUUGUCUUUUUCCCACUCCGUUCCUGGCAUUUGCUGAUUUCUAGUGUAUACUCUGUAGUCUCAGUCCGUGUUUGAUUCCAUUCCAUGGAAAUAAAAAGUAUGUUGUACAUACUGCCGAAGAAUUGUCUUGCAAGUUAAGGCUUCCCCCUUUACUAUAAGACUAUAAAUAAAAACUUAUUUUAUCCUU